CUGUAGUAGAGGAAGGACAGCUGCUCUCGGCGGCGGAGGAAGGAACGGAAAACACUCUACAAUGCGUUAGCCCGUGGCAAUGGCAAUGGCCCGUCCCCAAAUCUCCUUCUAAUUCACUCUGUGUGCCGCUCAGAGUCAAACAUGGCGUGAGAAUAACCGUGGAAAAUAAGUGCGAAACUGUCGGGAGUUACUGUAGCGGCGGACUGCGCUGCCGCUGCCGGGAAGUUUUUUGUUGUUUUCCAGUCGUGGGGCCCCGACAGUGGCGGCGGCGGCGGCUCUCUCUCCGGAGUGGUGUCCCGGUCCGCCCAGCCCCAUGCAAAACCUAACGGCCCCUGGCGGCCCCGGCAACUCCAAUGUCACCUGCUCCUGCAACUGCACCGCUUCCCAGCCACAGGGAAUGGAGAUAUCUGAACUGGAGUUUGUUCAGAUCGUCAUCAUCAUCGUGGUGAUGACAGUGAUGGUGGUGGUGAUCAUCUGCCUGCUCAACCACUACAAGCUCUCCACCUGGUCCUUCAUCACGAGGCAGAGCCAGGCCCGGAGGCACGAGCACUCCCUGCAGCAGGAAGGGUGUCUGUGGCCUUCAGAAAGCAGCUCACGACAAGGGGCCUCAGAGGUGUUGUACGCCCCCCAGGCCAGGGACCGCUUCACCGCCCCCUCUUUCAUGCAGCGCGACCGCUUCAGUCGCUUCCAGCCCACCUACCCCUACCUGCAGCACCAGAUCGACCUGCCCCCCACCAUCUCGCUGUCAGACGGCGAGGAGCCCCCCCCCUACCAGGGGCCCUGCACCCUGCAGCUCCGGGACCCCGAGCAGCAGAUGGAGCUGAACCGCGAGUCGGUGAGGGCCCCCCCCAACCGGACCAUCUACGACAGUGACUUGAUCGACAUGGGAGGAGGGGGGAGCCUGGGAGGGGUGGGGGGAGUAGUGGGAGGAAUGGGAGGGGGCGGGCCCAGGCCCCCCAGCAGUAACUCGGGCAUCAGUGCGGCCAACUCCAGCAGCCACGGGCGCAUGGAGGGCCCCCCCCCGGCAUACAGCGAGGUGAUGGGCCACUACCCCGGCUCAGCGUUCUUUCUACACCAGCACAGCAAUAACCAGAGGGGGGGGGGGCCGGGGGGCCGGACCAUCCAGCAGCAGAGCCAAUCAGAAAGCACAAUAGUACCUGCCAAGGCCAAGGAUGGCCAACCAGAGGACCUGGUGUGAAGAAAAGGGCAGGGGGGCGGGGGGGCCACACACCCCGGACUGAACGCUGUCUGUCCUCUCCACCUGGUCCCUGGAAGCAGUGUCUCUGUCUCAUGUCCUCUCCACACUCCCACCAUGCACAAAGAAUCUCAGCCUGGGCUACAGAUCAGAGAGGAACUCCCUCUGUCCUUCACACAGAGCACUUGUGGCAGGAUGUAUGCACUGCGGAGACUUCCUGUCCUCUACAUGAGAAAACACUGCUAGCACCGAUGGGAACGAUAUGCUUUUUUGUCCCCUCAGGAGGCGGCGCUGUCCCUGGGAUCUGAGGGCGAUGUUUUCCUUUUUUUGUUUCUUUUUUCGGACCGGGAUCUGUGCACAAAGCGAGAAGUGAGAAUCAAGGACCUACAGAGAACACAACAAAACAAGAGACUUACAAACCCACGUCUUAGUGCCAAGGUUCAAGAGGAAGCAAAGCAAAGGGAGAAAAACAACUUGUUCUAACAUUCAACACACAAAAAGAAAAGUUAUCUAAAAGUUGCACUAUCUUUUGUUGUAAAGAGAAGAGGGAAAUGAUGCUAUGUUAUGAUAAUGAUGUGUUUGUUUUUAUGUUUGUUUUCUUCUUUUGUUGUCCUUUUCAUGAAUGGACUGACUGACUGUACUUUGCCUCCAAAGUUGUUUAAACAGUUGGGAGCAAAACAAGUAUUAUAAGCUUAUGUCCUUCCUUUUUUGAAAACAGCAAGAAAAGCUGGUACCCAGCCUACAAGGUGUGUGCUUCACCACAGUGAGACAGGACAGGUCUGUGGGGGGGGUCUGCCCUGUGACCAGCAGCUGGGCGGACCAAACCUUUCCUACUAGCUUGCUACACCAUAGGAGCUGCUCCAUGCUAAGCUGGUUUGAUAUCAAGAAAACCAAGUAUAAGAAUAUUCCAUAGCAAGAAAACAUAUCUUCUCUCCGUCCAGCCGCCUGGUCACAGCAGUUUCUUCACUUCUCACCUCUGAGCACCUGACACUGACUUUUUCCUGAUUCCUGCGUCCAUACCCCCCACCCUUAACCUUUCCUCCCCUCUCACCGCUCGUCUUUACAUGCACAGUUCAUUCUGCCAACAGCCAUACUGAACACGAACCCCGCCAAUGAAAACACAAAACAAAGUUCGGCUCUCCGUCUUCACGUUUCUACAGCCACAAAAACACAGGACGACACAAAAUGAAGACUCACAGCGAUCAGGUUUAAACGAAGAGUGUCUGUGGCCGAAGUCAAAGGGCUAUGGGAGGGUCCUUUUUGUAAUAGAAAACCUUUUUGAAAAAUGAGCCUUUUACUCUGCUCAAUGUUGCCUUCUCCUCUGCUCUUGCGCUUUCUGUCUCUUUAUCUUGUUUGCUUUCAACACCAAUGCCCCCCCCCCCCUCUAACCCCACAGUGUCUCUGCUAAACACUGCUCAUCAUCCAACCCUCCAUCUGUGUUCAAAUGAUGCAGAGCCUGCCAAGCCCUUUAAAGGUGUGUGUGUGUGUGUGUGUGUGUGUGUGUGUGUGUGUGUGUGUGUGUGUGUGUGUG